GGCCCUGUCCCCACCAUGGCCCUGCGGCGGGCGCUGGGGCUGGCGGGGGCCGUGGGGCGCCGCGGCUGCUGCAGCAAGCGCCCGCUGCCCCCCGGCUUGCUGGAAGCCCUUCGGGAUGUGGUCGGCGGCCCCAACGUCUCCACGGCGGCGGCAGUGUGCGAGCAGCACGGGCACGAUGAGUCCAUGCACAGGUGCGCGCCCCCGGACGCUGUGGUGUGGCCCCAGGACGUGGCGCAGGUGCAGGAGCUGGCGGCGCUCUGCCACCGCCACCGCGUCCCCAUGGUGCCCUUUGGCACCGGCACCGGCCUGGAGGGCGGCGUCAACGCCGUGCAGGGCGGCGUCUGCUUCGACCUGAGCCGCAUGGCCACCAUCUCGGAGCUGAGCCUCGAGGACUUCUCGGUGGCCGUGGAGCCCGGCGUCACCCGCAAGGCCCUCAACAGCCACCUGCGUGGCACCGGGCUCUGGUUCCCCGUCGACCCCGGGGCGGACGCCUCGCUGUGCGGCAUGGCGGCCACGGGCGCCUCGGGCACCAACGCCGUGCGCUACGGCACCAUGCGGCCCAACGUGCUCAACCUGCGCGUGGUGCUGCCCGACGGGAGCCUGCUGCACACCGCCGGCCCCGGGCGCCACGCCAGGUACCGGGGAGGGGGACACGGGGGGGGGGGCAGGCAACCAGGCUGGGGGUCUCUCAAACGCCCCCGUGCAGGAAAAGCGCAGGCCGGCUACGACCUGACCUCGCUCUUCGUGGGCUCCGAGGGCACCCUGGGCUUCCUGACGCAGGCGACGCUGCGGCUGCACCCGCUGCCCGAGGCCGUGGCCGCUGCUGUCUGCUCCUUCCCCAGCGUGCAGGCGGCCGUGGCUUGCACCGUGCAGGUGCUGCAGGCGGCAGUGCCCGUGGCGCGCAUCGAGCUCCUGGACGAGGUGAUGGCGGGUGCCUGCAGCCGUUACAGCAGGCUGGAGCUGCCGGAGGCGGCCACGCUGUUCCUGGAGCUGCACGGCUCCCAGCAGGGCCUGGCCGAGCAGCAGCAGCAGGCGGAGGAGCUGGUGCGGCUGCACGGCGGCUCCAUCCCAGCCUGGGCGCGGGCACCGGAGGAGCGUGAGCGGCUCUGGUCCGCACGCCACAGCGCCUGGUUCGCCGCCCUGGCCCUGCGGCCUGGCUGCCAGGGCUACUCCACCGACGUCUGUGUGCCCAUCUCCCGCCUGCCCGGCGUCGUGGUGGAGACCCAGCGGGACCUGCGGGACGCCGGCCUCACCGGGCCCAUGGUGGGACACGUGGGUGACGGCAACUUCCACUGCAUCCUCGUCUUCCACCCCGAGGACCCGGAUGAAGCUCGGCGCGUCCACGACUUCGCCGAGCGCCUGGGCAGGCGGGCGCUGGCGGCGGGUGGCACCUGCACCGGGGAGCACGGCGUGGGGCUGGGCAAGAGGGAGCUGCUGCGGGAGGAGCUGGGCCCCCAGGGGCUGGACACCAUGCGGCGCAUCAAGGCGGCGCUGGACCCCCACCACCUGAUGAACCCCGGCAAGGUGCUGUGAGCGCCCACCCCCCCACACCCCGAGGAAGCACGCCACACCCCUGGCUUUUUGGGGAUUUGUGGGGAGGGGGCUCCGGCACCCCCCCGGUACCCCUGCUUCUCCAAGAAGGCCAGUGAAAUAAAAUAACAGUGAAUAUUUUA